ACGGCUCCUAGUUCACACAGCAGUGUUUACGGCAGACUGGAGCUUAUUAUUUACUUUCUGUCUGAGCUCAACUGACGAGCUGUAUUAUCUCAUUUCGUCUUAUAUGCUGGAGUCGUUUCUACAGUUUUUGUUCGAGCGCCACGAUGAGGAAGAGUGAGAUGCAUGCUGCCGAGUCCGUGGCAUGUCUCAAUAAAGCCCUGAGCUGCCUCAAAGACAUCUGGGAGGAGAUAGGAAUUCCCGAGGACCAGAGGGUGCAGCGGACUGAUGCGGUUAGAAUGCAUGUUAAGAACCUGUUGGACAUGAUGAUAGCAGAGGAAGAAGGACUGAAGAAGAGGUUGAUGAGUAGCAUUGAGUCCUGUCAGAAAGAACUGAACAGUUUAUGCGAGGAGCUUCGACUUCCUCCGUUUGAGGAGGAUGAUGGCCUGACCAUGCUGCAGCUGGAGAAGGAGAUCCGCACUCAUCUGAAGGUUAUGUUGAAGCAGAAGAGUCAGAGAAUGAAUGAGCUGAAAGAGCUGAUGCAGCAGGACAGGGAGCUGUGUGAUAUUUUGUGUGAUAACCCUUUCGUCAUUGACCCCGACCGCGUGCCCUCCGCCCAACAGCUGGAGAACUACCGUCAGUACAUCACAUCCCGCAACCAGGAGAAGGAGCGUCGUCAUGCAGAGUUUGUGGCCAUCAAGCGCCAAAUCGUUGUUUGCAUGGAAGAUCUUGAGCAGAUGCCAGACACUAGCUUUGAGAGAGACGUGGUGUGUGAGGAUGAGGAAGCGUUCUGCCUAUCAACAGAAAACAUCACUGCCCUCAAAGUGCUACUGAGCCAGUUGGAGAAUCGAAAAGCAGAGAAUGAGGCAGUGUGUGUAUCCUACCGUGGCCGUAUUGGGGAGCUAUGGGAGAGGCUGCAGAUCCCCCAGGAGGAGAGAGACUCUAUUGCAGAACACAUGAAGAACAGCAAAAAGAGGAACGUGGAUGCUCUGCAUGCAGAGCUGGAGCGUUUGGAGGAGCUGAAGAUGAAGAACAUACGGAGUGUGAUUGAAACAGUCAGAGCAGAAAUCGCUCUCCUCUGGGAGAAAUGCUUCUACAGCCUGGGCCAGAGACAAGCCUUCACUCCAUACUAUAAUGAUGAUUUCACUGAGGAGCUCCUGGCUAUGCAUGAGAGAGAGGAGCAGAGGCUGAAGCAGCAAUUUGAGGAACACAAAGAGCUUUAUGAUGGAGUUACCACCUGGCAGAACAACUGGACCCUCUACCAGGAACUGGAGAAAAAGGCCACAGAUCCGUCUCGCUUCAACAACAGGGGAGGCAACCUGCUGCGGGAGGAGAAACAGAGAGCAGAGCUGCAAAAGAGUCUGCCCAAGCUGGAGAAGAGCCUAAAAAGCCAGGUUGAGCAGUGGGAGGCAGCACAGGGUGCAGAGUUCCUGGUCAAUGGGCAACGCUUCAUGCAAUAUGUGGAGGAGCAGUGGAACCUGCACCACCUGGAGAAAGAGAGAGAGAAACUGGAGAGGCAAAUGAAAAAGAAUAAGCAGACUGAAGAGGACAUGCUGUACGGCACGUCCCUUCGAACGCCCACCAAGAGGAGGCUAGCAGGAAUGCCCACACCAGGGAAAUCACGCAAGCUAAAUACCACUUCCAGUAUCUCUAGCUGCACCCCCAACACCACCCUCCGCUCCAUUUGCCACUCACCAUCCAUGAGACCUCCUCUCUCAGUCAGCAAGAUUGGUUCAGGGUUGCGUACACCAGCUCGUGGCCGAACCCCUCGUGGUCUGGAGAGGAAUAAGGAGAACCUGUCUCAGCUCAGUGGAGCCCUGCGCACCAUGACCUCCAGCCCACACCGAAACUACUCCAUCAACUCUGUUGCCAGCUCCUACUCCGAGUUUGCGAGGGAUUGUGACAACAUUGAGUCCACCACCAUCUCCAGCGAGAACUCUCACAGGCCUCAAAAUCCGGCUGCAAGGCUGGAGUUCUGAACUCCACGAUCACACGCUGAGACUGCAACCAUCUCCACUCAGCGUUAACCUUACUUCAGAUGAAGGGAACAGUGUUCAAGAGAAUAUUGAAUGUAAAUCACGUGCAAAAAAUGUGUUUACGUGAGGACCUUUGUAAAUAUUUUACUUCUGUUUUAAUGUUUCUUUUCUUUUUCUUUUAAACAUGCAUCUCAUUUUAGAAGUCUUCCAGGUGAUGUCAGAUGAACUUCAUGUCAAAAUCAAGAUAGUUUUUAUAAAAACUCUGUUUUUUUGCAAUAAACUCUUACCUUUAAGCUUUUUAUUAUGGAGGCUUGUACAGUACAGUUUGGUUUGGAAUCACUAAGAUUUUCUUCUUCUGUUUUAGGAUAUUCUGUCCUCUCUGUAUUUAUUGUUGUGCUAUUUUCUACUACCUGUGUAACACUAGACUUUCAUUCUUGUAAUGUUUCAAUUCACACUUGGCAAGGCAAUUAGGUGACCUGUAAAAUAAA